AUGAAUAAUACAUUUAACAAUAAUAAUACUGGCAAUGGUAAUGAUAUGAAUACCAAACAACAACCUCAUAUUACCGAAACUUUUAUCCAAAAGAUUUUUGCACAUUUAGAUAAUCAAGAUGUUAGUAAAUUAAAUAAUUUUUUACAAUUAUUUAGUAAUAAUAGUAAUGGUAAGAUUAUAAUUAAUGGACAAAGGUCAAAUGAUGCGAUGUCAUUUUUAACUUUAUGGUCACAACAAAUAGUUAGUACACAACAUAGUAUAACAUCAAUUGAUUAUCAUUUAAUUCCAGGUUCUGGUACCGUAUUAUGUAAUAUAGGUGCAAAAGUACGUUUUGAUGAAAGUGGUAGAGAUAAAAAUGGUCAAGAUGCAGUAAUAAGAAACAAUCAAAAUCAAAAUCAAAAUCAAUUAAAUCAAAAUAGAAAUAGACAAUUUUGGGGUUCCUAUUUCGGUGUAUCAUUACAAUUAAUAUUAGAUGAUAGAAUCUAUAGAAAUGAUUUAAAUGGAGUAAUAAACUCAUUUAAUUAUACAAUUAUCAAUAAACCAGAUGAUUCGUUAAUAGAAUUGUAA